AUCCAGAGCACAGGAUGGUCGAGGAGUCAGAGGAGAUCAAGCAGCUCCAGGCGGCGCGCAAGGCCAGCGCCGAGUCCCAAGGCAUUGCCCUCGGGAAGGCAGGCGGCUUCGACAAGGAUAUGUACGGCGGGCGAAAAAAGUCGGACUACGUCGCGGAGCUUCCUUCGGUCGAAGACGAUGCCUCUGAUGACGAGGACGAGCAGAAGAGAUCAAAUCCUUUGGACGCCUUCUCCGCUCCCAAGCAUCUUCUGCACGAGUUUGCCAACGAUGAAGAAGAUCCGUUGCAAGAUCGAGCCAAGGCCAGGCAGAUUGCAAGCCGGGAGAGCGAAUACCACUUGAAGAGGUUCAAUCGAGACGUAGGUCCCGACAAGGCUGUCGAUGCGUUCGAGGGUGGUGAAGGUGUAGAAGAGGGCGAAGGGAGCUACAAACAAGCCAUGCGCAGGGCUGAAAUCGAGAGGGAGGAAGAGAGGGUCAGACGGCUGAUUGAGCAAAAGGAAAGGGAUGCGCGCGAAGGCAAAGAGGCUGGUGGCGAUGAUGACGACGAUUUGAAGAAGCCAGCGCCGGACGCCACGCCGAGAGUAGGGAGAAAGAGGAGGUGGGAUGUGGGGGCUCCAGGUGAAGCGUCAUUGACUGACGUCAAGGCUGGCGAAUGGUCCGAUGAUGCAUCGGCCAAGAAGAAGAAAUCAAGGUGGGACGAGACACCAGCGGCAGCGACAGCGCCCGAUGAGACGCCGAAGAGGUCGAGGUGGGAUCAGACACCGGUUGCCUCCAACGGUGCGACUGCAGCUCCCGCAGUAGCCGCAGGCCAAUUCUUCUUCGAUCCAAGGAACCGCACCAUCUCGGAUGAGGAAUUGGAUCAGCUCCUGCCGAGUGAAGGAUACAAGAUUGUCGAUCCUCCUGCCGAUUAUGCCCCUAUUCGAACGCCAGCACACAAGCUCAUGGCAACACCUGCCCCUAUGGGAGGCGGCGGAUUCAUGAUGCAGGACGAGGCCAGUGCAAGAGCGGCAGCCGAGGGUAUGGUUCCCGAUCUUCCAACCGACAUCCCUGGAGUUGGUCAGCUGGCAUUUUUCAAGAGCGAGGAUCAAACCUUUUUCAAAAAGAUCUUGAAUGAAGAGGAGAAUGAAAUGGAGCUUUCGUUGGACGAGCUGAAGGAGCGCAAGAUCAUGCGUCUUCUCCUCAAGAUCAAGAAUGGCACGCCGCCAAUGAGGAAAACAGCGCUGCGUCAGAUAACGGACAAGGCUCGAGAAUUUGGGGCAGGACCUCUGUUCGACAAGAUUCUGCCAUUGCUUAUGGAGAGGACGCUUGAGGAUCAGGAACGCCACCUGCUCGUCAAGGUCAUCGACCGCAUUAUGUACAAGCUCGACGAUCUUGUACGGCCAUACGUGCACCGCAUUCUCGUCGUCAUUGAGCCGCUGCUCAUCGACGAAGACUACUAUGCGCGUAUCGAAGGCCGCGAAAUCAUCUCAAACCUGUCCAAGGCCGCCGGUCUGGCUCACAUGAUCUCGACGAUGCGACCUGACAUCGAUCAUGUUGACGAAUACGUGCGCAACACGACCGCUCGUGCCUUCUCCGUCGUCGCUUCUGCACUGGGUAUCCCUGCCCUCCUCCCCUUUCUCAAAGCUGUUUGCCGCUCAAAGAAGAGCUGGCAAGCUCGGCACACGGGCAUUCGAAUCAUCCAGCAAAUUGCCAUCAUGAUGGGUUGUGCAGUCUUGCCGCAUCUCAAGAACCUCGUAGAUUGCGUCGAAAAGGGUCUCGAAGAUGAACAACAAAAAGUCAAGACGAUGACAGCUCUCGCUCUGGCCGCGUUGGCAGAGGCCGCCGCUCCUUACGGUAUCGAGAGCUUCGAGAAUGUACUCAAGCCUCUCUGGAUCGGCACACGGCAGCAUAGAGGAAAAGGACUUGCAGCGUUUCUCAAGGCUAUCGGUUUCAUCAUUCCUCUCAUGGAUGCCGAUUCGACGCUGUACUUCGUCAAGGAGGUGACUCCCACUCUCAUUCGCGAGUUCCAGUCGGCCGAUGAAGAGAUGAAGAAGAUCGUCCUCAAAGUCGUCAAGCAGUGCGCCGCCACCGAUGGUGUCACAGGCUCUUUCCUCAAGGACGAGAUGCUUCCCGAGUUCUUCCGGCACUUUUGGGUCAGGCGAAUGGCCCUCGACAGGCGCAACUACCGGCAUGUCGUCGACACAACUGUGGAGUUGGCCAAUAAGACGGGCGUGGCUGAGGUUGUCGGCAGGAUCGUGUCGCAUCUCAAAGAUGAAAAUGAGCCAUUCCGAAAGAUGGCCAUGGAGACGGUUGAGAAAGUCGUCGGAAAUCUGGGAGCGGCCGACAUUGGAGAGCGCCUCGAGGUGGAGCUCGUCGACGGUCUCAUCUACGCGUUGCAAGAGCAGACGAUCGAGGACAAAAUCAUCCUUGACGGCUUCGGCACGGUCAUUAAUGCCUUGGGCAUGCGAGUCAAGCCAUACCUGACGCAGAUUGUCUCCACGAUCCUUUGGCGACUCAACAACAAGAAUGCAAAGACCCGACAGCAGGCUGCUGAUCUCACCACCAAAUUGGCUGUCGUCAUCAAGCAGUGCGGCGAAGAGCACCUUCUCUCCAAGCUCGGUGUGGUCCUGUACGAGCAACUGGGUGAGGAGUUCCCCGAUACGUUGGCCAGCAUCAUCACGGCCGAGACGGCAAUCGCCAAUGUCGUCGGUAUGACGCAGAUGAAUCCGCCCAUCAAGGACCUCCUGCCUCGCAUGACACCAAUCUUGCGCAACCGACACGAAAAGGUACAGGAGGCCUCGAUCAACCUCAUCGGGCGUGUAGCGGACAGGGGCGCAGAGUUCGUGAGCGCAAGGGAGUGGAUGCGGAUCUGCUUCGAGCUGCUCGACCUGCUCAAGGCCCACAAGCAAGCCAUUCGCAGAGCCGCUGUCAACUCCUUUGGUUACAUUGCCAGAGCGUUGGGUCCACAAGAUGUGCUGCAGGUCUUGUUGACCAACUUGCGCGUCCAGGAGCGACAGUCACGAGUCUGCUCGACAGUGGCCAUCGCCAUUGUUGCCGAAACCUGCGGGCCUUUUACAUGCAUCCCCGCUAUCCUCAACGAAUACAGGACUGCGGAGCUCAAUGUUCGCACAGGCUCGCUCAAGGCACUCUCGUUCCUGACCGAGUACGUCGGCGAAGCCAACAAGGAUUACAUCUAUUCGCUCUGUGGCAUCCUUGAAGAUGCGCUCACCGAGCGAGAUGCCGUCCAUCGACAGACUGCUGCCUCGGUCGUGAAGCACCUGGCUCUCGGUACGGCCGGUCUAGGCGCCGAGGACGCCCUCCUCCACUUUCUCAACCUCCUGCACCCAAACGUUUUUGAGACGUCUCCGCACGUCAUCAACUCCGUCAUGGAUGCCAUUGAAGCGAUGCGCGUCGCGCUGGGUCCGGGCGUGCUGCUGUCCUACUGCCUCCAGGGUCUCUUCCAUCCGGCCAGAAAGGUCAGGGAGCCAUUUUGUCGCAUCUACAACACCGACUACCUCGGCGCCCAGGACCAACUGACGGCAUUCUACCCAGACUUUGGCGACCUGGACCCCGCCUACCGUCGGCAUGACCUCUUGGCUUUCCUUUGACGUCAUCUCGUUCUGUACUUGUUCAUAUCGGUUCUUGCGUGUACAAAGUCAAUGUCACAUCUGUACAAGCCUCGAUAAGGUAAAUGUGGUCUGGGGAAGAGAACGGACUUCAGAGCGUAGGUCCCUUUAGUGCAAUCGGUGUCGCAUUAUUCGACAGGGCUUUUUCAUCGAAUUUCACGUUGCAAAUUAAGAAAGA